AUGUGUUUUUCUAUUUACCCUAACGAGCUACUUUCUAUACCUUUCACACGGCUACGCAGAAUGCCACGCCGUUCCAACGCUAAUUCUGACGAAAGUCCAGUGACCAGACGUACUAGUGCUCGAAUUGCUGCUGCACAGGCAGCGUCCCCUGCCAAGUCUCCAGCUAAAUCUCCCCGUCGUAAACGGCAGUCUACUGAACCAGCUAAAACGGUUUCUGACGACACUGAGUCACAACAGUCGCAAGUUAAGAGUGAGAGUAGUAUGGAGGAGCUGAAUGGUAUCGAUACUAGUUCUGUAAAGGAUACUGAGCUAACUCAUGAUCUAGCGGAAAUACCUCACAAAAAAACCAAGGUUGAUAAGGAGUCAGACGAUGAUCAUUUGUGUUCCGAUCCCGAGAAGACUGAAGUUGAGCUACUGAAGGAAAAUGACACGGUUGUAAAUCAAACUCAAGAUUCAAAUACAACCCCUACUGACUUCGAAGUCGUCGAACAUAGUUCAGUACCACCACCUGACAGUGCCGAGGUCCAAGCAGCCAUCUCGGCGCAAGGUGAUGACGGUCAGUUAUUGGUUGGAUUUAUUCAAGUGAAUAAGGACGAGUUACCGCCCUCUAAUAGUUUGGAAACAAAACAAGUUCCAGCCGCUUUGGAGUCAUGUAAUGAAACAGUAACAUGUGGCGCAGAAAGUGUCAAAAGGACGGAUCCUAAUGUAGAACCCUGUGUGAAUAACCUAAAUGGCAACUUUGGGUCCCAAGAGUCUAGCAAAGAUGAACCUUCAAAACCCAAUGGCACCGUACAUGUUGAAGCCCACCACAAAACUCCCGUUCCUAUUGAAGAACCAGUUAUCCAACCACUUGUUGCUCCGGUUACUGGAGAUAUUGUUCUCGAUGCUGUACCCGAAGUGAUUUCUCAGCAGUAA